AUGAGGCGCGGGGGCCCCGCCGCUCUCGCCGCCUGCCUCGCCGGGGCGCUCGCCGUGCUGGCGGGGCCGGGGCCGGGGCCGGGGCCGGGGCCGGGGGCGGGCAGCCCCCCGUGGGGCGGCCGGCGGCCCCCCCGCAGCUACGGCCACCUGGAGGGCGACGUGCGCUGCCGGCGGCUCUUCUCCGCCACCCGCUUCUUCCUGCGCAUCGACGGCGGCGGCGGCGUGGAGGGGACGCGCUGGAGGGAGCGGCCGGGCAGCAUCGUCGAGAUCCGGUCGGUGCGUGUCGGCGUCGUGGCCAUCCGGGCGGUGCACACCGGCUUCUACCUGGCCAUGAACAAGCAGGGGCGGCUCUACGGGUCGAAGGAGUUCAGCCCCAACUGCAAGUUCACGGAGCGCAUCGAGGAGAACGGCUACAACACCUACGCGUCGCUGCGCUGGCGGCACCGGGGCCGCCCCAUGUUCCUCUCGCUCAAUAGCAAGGGCAGGCCGCAGCGAGGGGGCCAGACGCGACGGCAGCACCUCUCCACCCACUUCCUCCCCAUGCUCAUCAGCUGAGCCCGGCUCCCAGACGGCCCUGUGGAAAAAAGGGAAAAAUAGGGUUAUUUUAUAUGUGUAAAUAUCUUUUUUUUUUCUA